AGGAAACAUCUGUUCUGAACACUCCCAGAACAUUUGGUGAAUUUUAUCACCAUAGAGAAUCAGGAAUUUCUCAGAUUCUCCUCCUCUGCUGUGCCUUUGUUUUGACUCACUGGUAGAGCAAGAAUCAGACAGAAUCAAACUCUUUGAAGUGUCAGUUAUCUUUACUGGAUUUCUGCCUUGAUGUGCAACAGUUUUUCCAUAUAAAGCGGAUAAGUAGCCGUACCAUGGCCCUUCUCAUUGGAGUCAUUAUACUGUCGAUUUGCACCCAGUCUUUGAAGGCAUCGGAUGGCUGCAGUGGGGAUCUGGCUCGCCUGCAGGAGAGGGAGCAGCUUCUGAAGAGACAGCUUCAGAAACAGGAGCUCCUCCUACGCAGAUUACUCCUGAUGAACCAACAGAAUGACAUCACCCGACCCAGGUCCGACCAGGUCCAGGACACCCAGUACACAGACUGCUCCCAGGUCUAUGGUUCUGGCUUCAAAUCCAGCGCGCUGUAUCGGAUCAAGCCCAGUGGGAGCCCUUCAACGGUUAAAGUCUACUGUGAUAUGACUGAUGGAGGAGGCUGGACUGUCCUGCAGAGGCGGAUCAACGGCACAGAGUCGUUUAACAGGUCAUGGACAGACUACAAAGAUGGCUUUGGAGAUUUGAAUGCAGAAUUUUGGCUCGGAAAUGACAACCUGCAUCUUCUCACAACACAAGGGAAUUAUUCAGUGAGGAUCAACUUGGAAGACUUUGAUGGCCACCAGCGAUACGCAGAGUACAAAAACUUCCAAGUCGCAAAUGAAAAGGAUCAGUACCGCCUUACCUUCGGCGCCUACGUUGGUACCGCCGGAGAUGCUUUGACUGGAAGCUAUCAGGCUCCUGAUUCCAAGUGGGCUGGUCACCAGGGCAUGAAAUUCAGCACUUACGACCAAGACAACGACAACUACAGAGGCAGCUGCGCUCAGGAGGACAAGGGAGGCUGGUGGUUCAAUAAAUGCCACUCGGCCAAUCUCAACGGUGUGUACUACCCCAACGGACACUACAGCGCUGUGACAGACGAUGGUGUGGUCUGGUACCCAUGGAGAGGUUGGUGGUACUCACUGAAGACCUGCGUUAUGAAGCUCAGACCCAUAGAGCACAAAACGGACCUCACCAGCGACCAGAUAGCAGCUCCUCUCAGGGGACCCUCCUAG